AUGAACUUUGAGUAUGGGGCUCUCCUUAAGAAUGUGCUCCGUGCUGUGCUGACGCGCGCGCGGGACAUCGGGCUCCGACCGAGCAGGGCUGGCGGGGACCAAGCGGUGCAGACGGCGGCCGCGGGGACCCGGACUCAAGCAGAGGAGAGCCAGGCGGCGACGCUGCGAGCCCAAGAGUGCGCCCGCCCGCCCCGCACAGUUCAAACAGCGACCGUCUGCGGCGAGGGGGCGGGGCCUCGAGGAGCUCUGGCGCUGCUAGGUGCGCUCGCUCUCCUCCUUGGCAACCCGUGGACCCAGUGGGAGCUCGGAGGAGGUUCUUCCGACAGCCCAUGGAUUGAGCGUGAAAUCUGGAUCUUCCUGCAGGAGUGGGAAGUGGUUGAGUAUAAAAUCGGGCACUCAGGCGAGAAGACGAAGAAGAAAGCCAAGUCUCUCUGCAGGCGCCUCUAUAAGCGGGGUCUGAGGAAGAGCUGGGAUAGCUGCCUUCAACUGAUGCUGAACAUGAAGGAUCUGCACAGAACUCUUUGUACUGAGAGGCCGGGGACUGAACGCUUAGCUUCUCCUUAUGCAUGGGACCUGUACAAGAUCUUGGGUCACAGAGGCCAAGUCCCAGCUCCCCAACCUGCACCCCUGCCCUCAGCCCCCGCACUGGCCCCAGCCUCCGGGGCCACAGGGGGGCCCUCAGCAGGUACUAGGAGCCGACGUGGAGCCACUCCUGUAGGACCUGACUCCACCGUGGCGCUGCCCCUUAGGGCUAUUGGGCCGCCCCCAACUGGCGAGAACGAGCUGCAGCUCCUGCAGUAUUGGCCUUUUUCCUCCUCUGAUCUCUAUAAUUGGAAAGGAAAGAUACAAGAUAAAAAGACGCUGGUGAUUGGGGCGACAGGACAAAAACCGCAUCCGUGGACUACUUCUCGUACAGUGGAUCCUGGAAGAAACCAGGUAUCCCACUCAUUUUUAGUAACACCAGAGUGCCCUGCGCCCUUACUUGGUAGAGACUUGUUAACCAAACUAAAGGCCCAGAUAAAAUUUGCCCCCUCUGGACCGGAACUGUCAUGGACUGAGACACCCCAAACGUUAAUAUUGUCCCUUCAGCUAGAAGAAGAAUACCGGCUAUACCAAGAGAGAGAGAAGCCCCCCGAGGAGCUUCAGGACUGGUUACUUCGAUUUCCUCAGGCGUGGGCUGAGACAGGGGGCACGGGAAUGGCUAGACAGGCCCCCCCUGUGGUGAUUGAGCUCAAGUCUGGAGCCACCCCCAUUGGGGUCCGACAGUACCCCAUGAGCAAGGAAGCUAGAGAGGGCAUACGCCCCCACAUUAAGAGACUGUUAGAACAGGGGAUUUUAGUCCCUUGCAGGUCCCCUUGGAACACCCCCUUAUUGCCAGUAAAAAAAAUGGGGACAAACGACUAUCGUCCGGUACAGGAUCUUAGAGAAGUCAACAAGAGGGUACAAGAUGUCCACCCUACAGUGCCCAACCCCUACAACUUGCUCAGUACAUUGCCACCCACUUGAACCUGGUAUACCGUCUUAGAUUUAAAAGAUGCCUUCUUCUGUCUGAGGUUACAUCCAAACAGCCAGCCCCUGUUUGCUUUCGAGUGGCGGGGCCCUGAGAGUGGGAGAACCGGACAACUCACGUGGACGAGGUUACCCCAAGGAUUCAAAAACUCCCCAACACUAUUUGAUGAAGCUCUAUAUCGGGACCUUGUUCCCUUCUGCACUAAUAACCCCCAGGUGACUCUUAUCAUUUAUAUUGAUGACAUUUUGCUGGCCACAGAGACCCAAGAAGAUUGA